AUGUUCGCCGUCAAAGGAUGGUCUGUCUCGGCAGACAACCUCAAAUCUGAGGCGGGGAAUGCGCCUGGGAUCACGCCGGCCAAGAAGUCCAACAAGAGGAAGAGGGCAUCUCAGCCGGAAAAUGUCACAUCCUCCAACGUCGCCGACAUGUGGGAGAAGGUCAUCGACCAGAAGGAACAGCCGCCUAAAAAAGCUGCGAAGCCAGCACAGUCUCAGCCUAAGGAGACGGUGAAGCAGGCAGAGAAGGGGAAAAAGCGGCAGAAGCUGAACUCGGAUAACGCCAAAUCUGAGAAGGGUUCUGAGUCAAAGCAGCAACCCAUCGAGGAAGAUGCGCACCAGGAACCAGAAAUGGCUACCAAGCCUUCCAAGAAGGAUAAGAAAGACAAGAAGGACAAGAAGAAGGGAAAAAAGGAUAAGCAGACGUCCAAGGAAAAAGACGAUACCUCGGAAAGCAGAGAAGCUCCAACCAGCGCAGGGAACAAGCCUUCCAAGGCCGUUGCGCCCGUACCUGCGCCGCAAAAGCUCACUCCCCUGCAAGCCUCGAUGAGAGAAAAGCUGAUCUCGGCACGGUUCCGCCAUCUGAACGAGACCUUGUACACUCGGCCAUCAUCCGAGGCCUUCAAUCUCUUCAAGGAGUCCCCCGAGAUGUUCACCGAGUACCACGAGGGCUUCCGCCGGCAGGUCGAGGUGUGGCCGCAGAACCCGGUCGAGAGCUUCCUGGCCGAGAUCAGGCAGCGGGCGCGCCAGCGCCACCCGGCAAAGAACCAGCACCGCGGCAACAACAACAAGGGGCAUGCGGCCCAGCAGGACGCCAAAGCCGACGCGCAGCCGCUCCCGCGCAACCGCGCGACGAACGUCUGCACCAUCGCGGACCUGGGCUGCGGCGACGCGCGCCUGGCGUCGGAGCUGCAGAAGGAGAAGGCGAAGCUCAAGCUCGACGUGCUCAGCUUCGACCUGCACAGCCCGCACCCGCUCGUCACCAAGGCGGACAUCGCGAACCUGCCGCUGGCCAACGGGACCGUCGACGUCGCCAUCUUCUGCCUCGCGCUGAUGGGCACCAACUGGGUCGACUUCGUCGAGGAGGCCUACCGCGUGCUGCGGUGGAAGGGCGAGCUGUGGGUCGCCGAGAUCAAGAGCCGGCUCGGCGGCGGCAUGAGGAAGGGCGGCGGCGGCGGCGGCGUGGUCGAGCACAGCGUCGGGAACAGGAGGAAGGCGGCGGCGGCCCCGCCACCCAAGAAGGGCGUGGCCAAGAAGGAGGCCGAGGCCGCCAACGAGGCCGCCCUGCUCGUCGAGGUCGACGGCGAGGACGACACGAGGCAGCAGACCGACGUGUCCGCCUUUGUCGAGGUGUUGAACAAGCGGGGCUUCAUGCUCCAGGGGCAGGACCAGGGCCGCGGGUCGGACGCCGUCGACCUGAGCAACAAGAUGUUCGUCACGAUGCGGUUCGUCAAGUCGGCGCCGGCCGUCAAGGGCAAGUGUGCGCAGAAGGAGGAGGACCGGGACAAGCUUAGCGGCAAGCCGGCCUUCCUGAGGAAGCCCAAGUUCAUCGACGAUGACUCCAAGGAUAUCAACGAGGCCGCCGUGCUGAAGCCCUGUGUCUACAAGAUUCGAUGA